AUGGAUUAAAACUAGCAAUUGCUCUCUACAAAUGAAAACUCAAAAUUAAGUUUUGAGUAAUUUAUUAAAGAAAAGUAUUGCUGCUGCAAUAUUUUUAAAAUUUUUAUUGGAGUUGCAAAUAUUAUAUGCGCUUUGAUUGUAGGCAUUUCUUUUGCCUCUAUGAAAUCAGCUUGUAAGGAUGGAGGAUCAAUUGCAGGUGCUGUAAUUUGUUUUUUAUCUAUCCCUUUAGUUGCAGGUGCUCUGUUUUACAAUUAAAAGAAAAACCCUUCAUGUGCUACGUCUUUUUUUAUAAUAGCAGGUGUAGGAGCUACAUGUUUAAUAGGUUUAGUAAUAUGUGUUUCUACAGUUGGCUACAAUUAUGAUCUGAAAGUGGUUUGCAAUUAUCAAAUAUGCUAAAAUAAUGAAGAGCCUAUUUAUGGACCAGCUAGAUUAGUUAUAGAUGUAGAAACUGAUAGUUCAUUCUCAUGCACAUCUGCAUCAGAGCAAAGUAUUCUAAAUGAAGUCUAAAAAGUGUAUUUAUAUGAGUGCAAUAGUUGCGAUAAGGAUAAUAUUGUAAUUUAAAAUGCUAGAACUUAUCUAAUUUUAUCUCUCUUCCCAACUAUAUUAAUAGCCGUAAUCACAAUAAAUACUUUGUCAUUCACACCAGUGUUCAAAAAAAUUAUUAAUGACAAAUACUCAAAAUAUUUAUAGAGCUAAAAUAAUCCAUUAAGUUAAUGA